AAAAUCGCCACCAUUCCUGUAGCAUAAAUUGGUAACUUGUCAGAUUUUUUUCUGAAACUUGAAGUUCCGGGAAGUAGCGUGUGCCACCUGCAUGGAGAGCAUUAGGGUCUUUUAAUCCAUCCGUCAAUAUUUCAGUCAAUCCGAAAUAGUGACAUUGUACUUGUUGAUUGACAGCCUCUACCAAUUUAUGUCCCAUAUUCUGUAAUAUUGACCUUUGGUAAUGAAAUCAACCAUCGAGUGACAACUGAUAACAUCACACUACCUACGCGGGCACUUUUAACUUAAACUCAUAGUCUGCACUUUGUAGUCCUUCUGAGCGAGGAGGGUCAAGUCACGUGACGGUUCACGUGAGCAUGCAACAGCCCUCCUCCAACAUGGCCGCCAUCAGAGCGAAGGCGGCUAUGGUGGCUUUGAUCUUCGACCCAGGAACUUUCCGUUAAAACAAUUCUGAAUUUUUUAUCUCCACCUGAUGUGCCGGGAGCUAUAGCGAAGUUGUCAGAAAGCAGCAAAAUACAUUCCUCAGUAGCAGAAAUUGCUAAAUGAAUGCGAAGGAAAAUCAGGGUCUUCGCAGAAAUCACGAGGGGCUGUUAUUAGUGAGAGCAAGAACUUUAUUCGAACAGCAAUUUGUGGAGGUAUGACUGUUUAUGCCCCCUGUUAUAAAGCUGUCAUCGGCAUGACGUAAACUGUAUUACAAUACUGAUAAGAAUAGCAAGACUGAGAUCAUGAGAAGGUGUCGAACUUGAGCAGCGAAUAGCGGAUGAGCGCGGCGUCUGCAUCAGUAUCGAUAAAGUGUGUCGUCUGUCGCGAUCGACCGGAGUAAUUCAUAAUAAUCACAUGAGGAGGGCAUGACGCUACUGACUGCUUUCAGAAGCGGUUCUCUCAGUUUGAAAGCGGCGAGAGAAGAAAGUGACCGAUUUUUUCCUCCUUUUUGAAUUACAUACCCUGGAAUCAAAAUGGAACAAGCGGUUUUGCCUUGGACAGUGAAGACCAAUAACCUGCAUUUCCUUCCUUUGCAACACUGAUAACUCCUUAUUGGAGACAUCAGGAGCCAACAUGGAAUGGUUAAUCACGGCUGUGGAGAGGGACCUGUGCAUUGAAAAAUCCCAGUUAGUGGCGGGUUUGCGACCACAAGAGCUGGUUGCAUUUGUGCCCACAAAAUGGCUGUCCAUGAUGAGGGAGAGAAGGGUUGUGCGUUGCCCAAGACCAGAGGGUCUAAGUGAAGCUGAAGUUCAGACCUUUCUUCAGCGCUCUGUGCACAAACUUCCACAGGGAUGGAGCAGAGUUUGCAUUCAAGGGCUCAGAAAAAGCCGAGUUCGAUAUUCUCUAAUAUUGGAUUCUUUUUGCCACGAUGAAAGUAUCUCUGAUGACUCCUGUUUAUUGCAGAUGCAAAGACUGGCGGAGUGCAACUUCAGGAAUCUAUGGCACAAAGCUCACCAAGCCUAUGUUCACCCUUACUCUGGUUCUGCUGAGCAGCCCCAAAUCCUUGCUGUUGACGCUGUGCGCCGUGCUUUGCAAAAACUUUUCAGAUGCCCAUUUUUACAGACUGACCAUAGUUCUCCAUCAGUCUCUCCAGCCAAGGAACAUGAAAAAGAAAGAUCAAGUCCUGUGUCAUUAUUUUCUACACUGAAGAUACAAGAUGAGUGCUGCCCAAAUAUACUACCAGCAGAAUUUUUGUUGGAGUCACAAGACGUACUCUACAUUGUCCAACCUUACACUCAGUAUUCUCUGCGAGACAUUGUUACUUACAGUCCAGCCAAGCUAGGCAACAGCCAUGCCAAAGUGCUCUUCAUACUAUACCAAAUUCUGCAGGCAAUGAGAGCCUUGCAAAGUAGUGGUCUAUCUUGUGGAGAACUUUCCCUAGAAGAUGUUGCUGUGGAUGAGCAGCUUUGUAGUUGUCUAAAGGUUAACUUAGCACAUUAUGAGCAACUUGUAUUCACAGAAACUGAGGAUCAUGCUGAAGAGAUACUUGAUAGUCAACAGGUUAGAGAGAGAUCAGAUAAAAAUAUUUGUCAGGCAUGUAGUGAUCACCUUAGUAGGCUUUUAACAGAUUGGUUGCAUGGGCGAGUAACCAAUUUUCAGUAUUUAAUGGAGUUGAACCGAUUAGCUGGUCGCAGAGAAGGAGAUCCCAAUUACCACCCUGUGUUACCAUGGGUAGUGGACUUUACUAUCCCAUAUGGUAAGUUUAGAGAUCUUAGGCGGUCUAAAUUCCGACUGAACAAAGGUGAUAAACAGCUUGAUUUUACAUAUGAGAUGACCAAACAAGCCUUUGCAGCAGCUGCAACCACCACAUGCAGUGGAGGAGGGAUUUUCGCUAGCGGUGUAAGUAAUGUUUCUGGAAGUACAGGACCAAGUGAACAUUUACAUGUCCCCCAUCAUAUCUCCGAUGUUCUAUCAGACAUCACAUACUAUGUGUAUAAGGCUAGGAGAACCCCAAAAUCUGUUCUUUGCUGUCAUGUUCGUUCACAGUGGGAACCCAAUGAGUAUCCUGCCAGCAUGGAACGCAUGCAGAGCUGGACUCCAGAUGAGUGCAUCCCAGAAUUUUACACAGAUCCGACUAUUUUUAAAUCUAUUCAUCCAGACAUGCCAGACUUAGAAGUUCCUUCAUGGUGUAACUCCUAUGAAGAGUUUAUCGAAGUUCAUCGUCGAUUGCUUGAAAGUCGUGAAGUUUCAUUGCAGCUUCACCACUGGAUUGAUCUCACAUUUGGCUACAAGCUUUCUGGAAAGGAGGCUGUCAAAGCAAAAAAUGUUUGCUUGCACUUGGUAGAUAAUCAUACACAUCUCACUAGCUAUGGUGUGGUUCAGCUUUUUGACCAGCCUCAUCCGCAGAGGUUAUCUGCAAAUCUGUAUGCUUCAGCCGAACCACCACAUAUUGGCACAGCGGCUUUCCUUACACCAGCCAGGGGUGUCCCUAUUUUGGAAACUCCGGUUUCAUCUCAAGUGCCAGAUAUUGAUGGAUUUGUUAUGGAAACUGCAGGUUGUGAAGCAAGUAGUUGGACUUUAGUGGAUAAAGAUGAGGACCUAGAGCAGGGAAUGGAGGCUUUGGACUCCCUGUCAGCCUCCUCUGGUUCAGUUGCUGCUUCUGCUACUGGUGGAAAGUUAGGAGGAUUAGAACAGACACCAGGGCAUCUGGUCUCUGGAACACCCCAACCAUUGUCUUUUCCGAGUGAGUCCAUGCCUCUGUUAAGUUCUGGAGGAGGCAGCAAUCGAGGAACUACAAGUCAGAGAGCAAGCAGCAGUAUUGUUAGAAAGCUUCACACUCAAGGUGGUGAAGUGUCUGGAGGUGUAGGUAAAGUAAAUAAUGAAGAUAUUAAAGUCUCACUUCCAGACGGCUUUAAUGCCCUACAACAGCUAGACGAACUGGAAAAACUUAGUAACUUCCUAGUUAAAGGACUACAAGCACAUGCUAAGGAUGGAGGACAAGUCAGAAAUGAUUCAGAAGCGAAUUUUCCAUCUGCAGUGUCUCUUUUGGAAAUGUUUCACAGAGACAUGCAAGCCCUUGGUGUCCUUAUUGCAGAGAUAUUCUUUGCCCCUAAGUUGCGCAUGUUAAAGCCAGGUGUCCCGCUAGAGGAUCGCUUUCAGACUGUACAGAAGCUCUAUUUCUCCAAUAUUCGAGAUGUUCCCUUACCCCUUCAUAAUGUAUUGGAAGCACUUUUGCAACUGCGUGUUGCUCAUGCAGGAGCUUUUGAAAGCAAAGCUAACAUGAUGCAUAGUCAAAGGUUAACAUUGUUUGAGUAUGAAAACAUUAAUGAGGGCCUCCCUCCACCAUGCCCCUGUCAGCUGCUGAGUCCUUAUUCUUCAUCUUUAUCAUUCCCACCAUACUUUCCUGCUCUUCAUCAUUUCAUAUUUUCUUAUCAUCGCAAAAUGCAGGAGGAAAGGGGAACAAAUGAAGGCUGCCAAGGACGGGAUAUUGUAUUUUAUUUAUGGUGUCAACUAGAGGGGCUUUUACAGAACAGCAUCACUCCAGAGGGUUUGGAAAUCCUACUCCCAUUUGUUUUGACCCUUAUGUCCAAUGAGUCUACAGCAGUUUAUGCUUCCUGGUACCUUUUUGAGCCAAUUAGUCGAGCUUUAGGACCAAGGAAUGCUGUUAAAUAUCUCCUUAAACCCCUGGUUGGAGUAUAUGAAAAUCCUCGGCACCUUCAUGGCCGCUUCUACCUUUACACAGAUUGCUUCAUUCUGCAGCUUAUUGUUCGGCUUGGACUACAGCCUUUUCUUUCCGGCUUGCUUGCUCAUGUUCUUCAGGUAAUGACUGGUUUUGGUAACUGCAACACUGAAUUAGUGUCUGGAUCUGAAUGGGAAGGAAGAAAAGGCUUGAACAGACAAGGAAAUCUGGAGGAGGAGGAAGAGGAUGAAAGCAGUGUUGAAGGAUUAAGUUCAGGAGCUGGUGGCAAUAAAGCUGUUGGCAGUGUUGGAGGAUCAGUGGUUGGAGUUGUAGGAGUAGAACGAGAGAUGUUGGAUUACUCCUCAGGAAUUAGCCUCAAUGAUCAAGUCUUUCUUGUAGAAGGAGAGGAUUUUCAGAAUGGCCUAUAUGUAAACAGUAGCAAUGGGGAGUUGCAAGAGAAACAACAGAACCAGGUCCCAGGUAGGGAUGACCAGGAGUCUCUCAGCAUGGGGAAACUGAGUGACAAAAGCAGUGCUAGUGAGGUCUCCCUGGGUGAUGGGGAUUCAGCCAAGGAUAGAGCCAGCCUGAAAUCUGCAGAUAGCAGUCAAGAUUUGAAGCAAGCGAGUGAGGGUGAAGAUGAUGCGAAAGAUUCUGGGGAUUUGGAGGAAACCGAUGGACGUGGUGCAGCUGUUUUAGUCUCUGAACAUGAGAAGCCUUCCUUCCCUGAGUCAUCCACAUUGACAGCAGGAGAUACAGAAGAACAAGAUGAGGUGGUAGUUGACCAUGAAGAGGUUAUGGUUGGAGAGGUAGAACCAGAGCUGUCUGAAGAUUCAGAGGAGAAAGAACACACAAUUCUUCUUGAUACAGUCUGCAAGAUGGUGAAGUGGCUCUCUGCAAAAUUGGGUCCCACAGUGACAUCCCGCUAUGUAGCAAGAAAUCUUCUAAGGCUGCUGACUACCUGCUACAUGGGGCCCCAUAAGCAUCAGUUUCUGGCUGUAUUGGAAGAGGGCAAUCUGGGACAUACUGGUAACAUUUAUGAGAAGCGAGCUGUUGUGGGGGACCAGACCGCUACACCUGUCCUAGAAUGUUUGAUGUACAUCGCUCACCUUUAUGGAGAACCAGUUCUUACUUACCAGUACCUGCCAUACAUCAGCUAUUUAGUGUCACCCCCUUCCUCAUGUCGCCUAAAUAGUCGAAAAGAGGCUGGCCUUAUAGGAGCUGUUGUUCUGACACAGAAGGUCAUUGUCUACCUCUCUGACACCACUCUUAUGGACAUGCUCAUGAAAAUUACCCAAGACAUACUCUUACCCUUGUUGGACCUCUUGACGUCUCCCAAAAUGGGGUUUCCAGGGGGUGUACAAACACGCACUGCCUUGUGUCUGAAGACCAUUAGUUUGAUAGCUCUGAUCUGUCUUCGAAUUGGAAGAGAGAUGGUCCAGCAGCACAUGUCUGAAACUCUAAGGAGGUUCUUUGCAGUUUUCUCAGUACUUCACGACUUACAGAGUCAGAUGGAGCAUGCAUCUCGACACACAUGUGGAGAAGCUACCCUUUUGGACUUUUGCACUCCAGAUGGACUAGACGUCACUUAUGAGCUUUUGGUGCUUGAGGAGCUGCUAGCAGUUUUUAAUCCUGAAAUGGCCUAUACUGCAUAUAUCCCUUUCUGCUGCUUGAUAGGUGAUGCUACUAUACGCAAGGUGCUUCCAAACCAUGACCUAGUGUGGCAACUAACUACUACCUACCUUGAAUGUGUCAGCCCAGAUAUCUGUGAUGUACCGUCUUCCCGUAAAGAACUAUUUUCCCAAGGCAGUGAAUCCUGUCCUCUUCCCCGUCCCACUUCCCUGCAAGGGGACCAGCUCCCUGAAUCUGGCACUUUUGGCAGUGUGCUUGUAGGAAAUCGAAUCCAGGUUACUCAAACCCCUCUGGUUAGCCUUAGUAGCAGUUACAAGGGAGGUGGCAUAUGUGCGGACCAAUGGCCUUCCUCCAGUGCCACUAACUAUGCAUCUACUACUACAGGAUCUGUCUCCUCUUCUCCUUGGCUAGCAAACCGUGCCCCUGAAGAAAGUGCCCUUAAGCAAGACUUACCCCGAAGUGGGAGAGCACUUUCUGGAAACUGGCUGGCUUACUGGCAGUAUGAAAUUGGAUUAAACCAACAGGAUUUUUACUUUCAUCAAAUUCGGUUGCAGAAUUUUUUUGGCCACAGUGGAACUGCAAAGUGUCUGGCUCCCCUCUCGGGUGAAGACUUUUUUCUUAGUGGCAGCAAAGACAAGACUGUCCGUCUUUGGCCCCUGUAUAAUCAGGGAGAUGGUACAUUGGACAUUGAGCCAAGAUUCACAUAUACUGAGCAUAAGAAGUCGGUGUUCUAUGUUGGUCAGUUGGCAUCUCGGCAAGACAUUGUGAGUUGUGAUGGCACAGUGCAUCUCUGGGACCAGUUUACUGGUAAACAGAUUCAUGCUUAUGAAGUGUUUGAUAGCAAGAACCCAAUUACGGCCAUGUCCACUAUGCCUGCCCCAUACAGUAGCAUUGUGUUUGGGAGCGCUGAUUCUAUCCUUCGCUUUAUUGAUCCUCGAAAGGCAGGACUGCAGCAUGAGUUCCGACUUGCCUAUAACAACAUCAGUGCAGGACUUAUCCGGCAUUUAACUGUGAAUCCAAGUGGCCGAACAAUUGCAGUUGGGUUUUCUUCAGGAUUCAUUGUGCUGUUGGACACCAGAACAGGACUCAUUCUGCGUGGCUGGCCAGCACAUGAGGGUGACAUUCUGCAAAUGAAGGCUGCUGAAAAUAAUGUUUUAAUCAGUUCUUCAUCUGAUCACACUCUUACAGUUUGGAAAGAGCUUGAACAGAAGCCUUUACACCAUUACAAACUGCUGUCUGACCCCAUUCAUGCAUUUGACCUUUAUGGAUUUGAGAUUGUGGCAGGGAAUGUGGCAAAUAAAAUUGGCAUCUACUCCAUGAUGGAUGUGUCUUGCAGCCCCAGCAGCUGUACAAAGCUGAGUUCUGAAAACUUUCGUGGCACACUGACAAGUCUGGCCGUCCUUCCAACAAAGAGGCUGCUCCUGUUGGGCUCAGACAAUGGUGCAAUCAGACUGUUGGCUUGAACAGUAACUUGAUAGAUCAUGAUGAGUACCCAGUUGAAUUUUGUGGAAGCACUUUUUGGAUGGAAGUAUCCCUUUAGAUGACUUAAUGCUGGAGUGUUGUAGUAUUAUUAUUAUUUAUAUUAAUGUAACACCACAUUCUUUUGCUUGAAGAUUGUUGUAGCCUAAUACAGGGAUGUGAAGCCAAUGAUAUUGGAAUCAGAGAGCAAUCUGAAAAGUAUUUGAGGUGGCCAGAGUUACCCUGCCCCAAUGCUGCCAUCCGAGGUAUUGGUCUGAUCGUUUCACUGUGCUUUUUAUUUAUUUAUUUUUUUUGCCCCCUUUAUCCUUGCAACUGCCAGCAGCUGGCAGAAGAGACUCUCGGUAAUACUUGUCAAACCCCAUUUUGGGAUACCUCCUGAAAAACUGUGUGGUCACUGCUGUGAAAUAUUUUCUUACCUGCCGUGUGGGGCAGAUCAACCAUUGAAACCCUCUGAAUCCAAAUGGAAAUUGGUGUUCGCAGCUGCUGAGUUUAAAUGAUUUAAUUAACUGGUCCCAUCAAUGAGACCUCCUGAAACGACAUAGAUCAGACUAACACAUUUCAUUUUGGGACCAGUCUGUAAGUUUCAAUGGGAAAUUAUCCUUUGCUCCACCAAUGCAAGAAAAGACUUUUCAAAAACAUAUGCGGUAAAUUGCUUUCUUUCUGCAGCGCUAGGAAAAAACAAUUCUUCAAUAAUAUCACCAGCGACUUGCAGCAGUGAAACAACCUGAGAAUAAGCAAGUCUCCAUAUUCUUUGUGUUGCCUGAAAUUGGAAAAGUUCCACUUGUACCCUCCUGUUGUCGUCACUAAAAGGCAGGAUCAGCCUUUUCUGUUUCUUAGUAUCCCCAAAUUGUACAGUUUUUCCAUUCUAAGAGAACAAUAUAAGGACAUGCAUUUUAAGUAAUCUUAUAUAAAAUAUCAGACUUUGAUUUGUACUCUGUCCUAAGCUGAGUGCUGUAAAUUUAAAGUCAAAAGCAAAUACAAAAAUGGCAGCUUGAAACAUCUGUCUUCAUUUCUGGUGCUUAUGUAAAUGAUCUUGUUCAAUCAUCAGCUCAUUGGAGAAGCUGUCACAAAUCACUGUCUCUGUCCCUCUCCAGUAAAAUCUGCAUGUGUGUAAAAUCCUUCGAAACACACGGUCUCUCUUAGUGACUUGGUUGAACAGUGUUAUUAGUUUCAGUUUUUCUAAUCACAAGCUCAGGGAGCUGCUGUUCAUCACCUAUGAUUAAAGCUUUGCAUAUACUUCAAGAUUCAGGGUGGCGUUGGUCUAAUACAUGUGACGAGAAGCAGGUGCCAUUUGUUUUUUUUUGGUUUUUUUUUUUUAGAAAGGCCAAUGCAAGACCACCAUUCAGUGAAGGCCAGUACUGGUCAUUCACAAAGACAUUAAUUUCUUAAGACCACAUGGACAGAGUAAGUUCAGCUUGCAUUUGGUAAACACCUGGCACUUAUGAACUUGGAGACGUUUGCCUUAAAGUUUAAAAUAUUACCAGCUAAAACCUCAUAGAAAGCAGUAACGGAGCCCAGACAGUUGUGAAUCUUUGGUACAAAGUUUUUUUUGAUUAAAGAACGAGGCACAUGUCUCCUGUAAAAGCCUGCCAUGCAUCUCAAGUAUUGCGCAUAGUAGCCAGUUACUGCCUUACUAUGAUUGUUCUGAUUUUUGCUACAAUUAAAUUUUUGUCUACUGGAAAGUACUUUUCAUUAAAACAAUUAUUUGUAUAAUUGUCUCAUUUUAAAAGAUGAUAUUUGGGAGUCAUGUGGAAGUGCAUGCGUUGACCAAUGUGGCUGGACAUUCGGUAAAAGGUACUGUUGACAUCAUCUUAGUGUGGUAGCACAAGGGAACGAGACAACAGUACAAAGAAAUCUGAUCUGAUGUGAUGAUAGUGUAAUGUCACUCACAGCGUUCCUUUUGCGUUACACAUUCAUCACUGAAGACCGUUAGGCAGACAUUGUCAUUAGAGUUUUUACUCUUCACUAAGCUCCUCCAUGGCUUAAUCCUUAUACAAAAUGGUUUCCUUCUUUCCUGAUUAUUCUGUUUUAGGAAGAACUCUGUCCCUUUCACAGUAGCGUUUAGGAUCACCUUAUCAAAUCCCCCCAUUUUUUAAGCAGUAAAAGUGUACCCAGUUCAUGGAAAUGUACAUUUGUAUGUAACUUGUCGCUGGCUGCUGUUAAUACUUUAUCUUCGUGUCCUUUGUUACAAGUUACAAUCAUUCAG